CAUUUUUUAAUCACAGUACGAAUAACGAUACGAUAGCCGUAAAACAUGAUUGUAAACAUCGUAUUCGUCAUCCUAGCGGUGCUUGUGGCGUUAUUCUAUAUCUCAACGAGAAAAUUCAAUUACUGGAAGAAGAGAAACGUACCUUAUCUCAAGCCUAAACUAAUACUCGGCAACUAUGGCGACCAUUUUCUGCUCAGAAAAAGUUUGAGCAAAGUAGGUCAAGACAUCUGCAAACAAUUCCCGAAGGAACCUUACAUUGGGGUGUUCUAUGGCACGGAACCCGCGCUCAUCGUCCAAGACCCCGAGUUCAUCAAACUCAUCACAACAAAAGACUUCUACUAUUUCAACGGUAGAGAAGUAUCAGAUUUUGUUCAUAAGGAAGCCUUUACCCAAAAUAUUUUCAACACCUACGGAGACGACUGGAAAGUAGUGCGUCAAAAUCUCACUCCAGUGUUCUCAUCAGCAAAAAUGAAGAUGAUGUUCCCGCUUAUCCAAACAUGUUCCCACGCUUUUGAAAAGCUGCUCGACGAAGAGACAAGCAUGUCUGACGUCAUCGAAAUAAGAACGCUCAUGGCCAGGUUCACCAUGGCCUGCAUCAACUCCUGCGCGUUUGGUGUCGACUCUCAAACCAUGAAAGGCGACUAUAAAACUAACCCUUUCACACAGGCAGGGAACAAAAUAUUAGACCUUACAUCCAAAAGAGUUUUUUACAGGAAUCUUGUAAGAUCCAUUUGGCCAACGAUAUUCUACGGGUCUAGACGGACGUUCAUGCCACCUGAUAUGGAAGUAUUUUUCCGUCAAUUUAUGGUGUCAGUCUUCGAAGCACGCAACUACAAGCCGACCAACAGAAAUGACUUUGUCGACUUCAUAUUGAAUUUUAAGCAGAAGAACUAUAUUGAGGGCGACAGCAUUACUAAUAUGAAAACCGGCGCAGACAAGAAGGUGUCAAUGCCAGUCACAGAAGACUUUUUGGUGGCAAACUGUGUGGCAUUCUUCAUAGCUGGAUAUGAGACGUCAGCUACCACAAUGAGCUACACCAUGUAUGAACUUGCGAAGAGUCCAGAGAAUCUGAAGCGAGUGCAGAAGGAAAUAGAUGAGUAUUUAGUGAAAACCGGGAACAAAUUGGAGUACGACUGCUUGACCGAACUGCCCUUCACAGAGGCGUGUGUUAGUGAAGCCAUGCGUUUAUAUCCAGUGCUUGGGAUAAUAACGAGGGAGGUGGUCGAGGACUACACUCUGCCGACUGGUGUUCACCUCGACAAAGGAGUCCGCAUCCACCUGCCGGUCUACCACCUGCAUCACAACCCCGAGUAUUUCCCAGAGCCAGAAGUUUAUCGUCCUCAAAGGUUUUUGGGAGAAGAGAAACGAAAAAUAGAAUCUAACACUUACAUGCCCUUCGGUGACGGACCGCGUAUUUGUAUAGGAAUGAGGUUCGCAAAAAUGCAAGUAUUCGCUGGCCUGGUGACUGUUCUGAAGAAGUACAACUUAGAACUGACUCCAGAAACUCCAAGGAAGCUGGAGUUCCUGGCGACCUCCCUCAUCACCCAGCCCACCGAGCCUUUGAGGAUCAAAUUUACCGUUAGAGAGGGAUGGGAGAACCGCACGUUUGUCAAAACGCAAUAAUUAUGUUCCGUGACUUACGCUUAAGUGAAGCAGCAAAUCGAAGGCACAGCGUUGAAUAGAGCUCUGUGAUUGGUUCGUGUGUCACCAUGUGCGUUCACGUGCACUGUGAGACCUCAUAGACCUAUGUCCCCUAGAUGGGACAGAGGGCGUCCUACAGUCCUCCAUCGCAUUCGGUCUUGAGCUUCGAGUUUGGUCUCGCUCCAAGUCUUGCCGAUUUUCUUCCCUUCGUCUGCUACAGUGCACCGCCUAGUUUGUUUGUCCGCCCAUAUUCCUUAGUAUAAGAUACUGUAAAUAUUGUGGUGUGGGUACAAACAGUAAAAACUUAAGGCUGAACAAUUAUUAUUUGGCAAAUAUUUUAUUUCUCUAACUACCUAAUAAGCUAUUUGUUUAUGUAGUCAUUUUUAAUUUUAAAAAAUGUUGUUUAUAGUUGAAGGAAAUAAUUUAUCCAUGAAUUUCCAUGAUUAAUGUUAUAGAAAUUAGAAAGUUUUGUUAUCAAAAACAUUAAUGAGGGCAUUUUUUAC